CCUGCUAAUGGGGACACUCAUGUGGAGAUUGUCGCAUUUUGGAUUAGUGGCAAUGGGGAGGUGGUGGCUGUGGAGGAUGGCUAAGAAGCGAUUGAAACUGGUUACAAGAUGUUUGGUGAUGAGAAAGGGAGAGUUACAGAAGUGGUUGGGGUAGAGAGAUGGGACCAAAGAGGAGUUGUACUAGAGUCGUUGAUAGAUGAGGCUAAGAGAGUGAGAGGGUCUUUUGGAAUGAAGACGAAGUUGUGAUGUAUGUUUUGCACCAUAGAGGGCUAGACAUGUUAUUGUUGUUGACGCCGAGCUCAUAGAGGUAGCGAAGGUUGGUGAGGUUGAGGAUAGUAUUGUUGAAAUUUUAGCAUGGAAGAGGGUUUAGUUAAGGAGAUAGUUGAUGUGAGGACCAGUGCGGGUGCGUGUUUAGUUCUAAAUCGAUUAUUCGCUGAAUAAAUUUGGGUAUUUAUAUAGGAUCAAGAAAUUUAAAUAAUAUCUUUCGACUAGUUAUUUUGGAUGAGAUUUUAGAUUGUUACCAAUGGUAUUGAGUUCAAAAAAAUAUUAUAGGGCCGGAGGGGAUGGUCUUCUUGAAAGCCUUGGGUAGGCAUAGUAUUGCCAUGAGAUUGGGGAAGUUAGAUGGUUGGGGUUCUGGAGCCUUGUUUCUUCUUCAUUUUCUCUUUCCGCGGCUGCCCAUCAUUGCAUGCUGCCGCUAAUCGAUUGCCGGUCCCCCAACUUCCACCCACCACCACCAUGGUUCUCGGGAGCUCUCCUUUCUCCCAUUUCCUCUCCAUCUUCUUCCCUCGACUAAACUAUAUUAGGAGCCCUAUUCUUUUCUCUCUGUUUUCUGUCUCCGACUCUCUCAUUUUCUCUCUCUCUCUCAACCAUUCUCUCUCUCUCUCUCUCUCUCUCUCUCUCUCGUAUUAGGCGGCACCAUCGUCCACCGGAGUUGCAAGGCCUUCAACUCUUUUCCACCUCUCUCCCAAAUCCUCACCUCGUGUCCUUCUCAACAACAAUUACAGUUGAAACAAUUUCUUCCAUUUGUAGCCCCUAUGAAAGACAAAGUAUUAUGGUCAUUUUUUAUUUUUCGUUAAUGGUGUUAGGAGACAAAUAGAUGGCUGAGCUACAUUGCAAUGGAUAAUUGAAAUUUUUACAAAUUUGGAACCCAAUCGUGAAGGAAUAUCUCUGUAAUUUUUUCUAUUAACAAAUAUAGACUUUUAUUCAAUCUUUUACCUGGAAAGUUCAUUCAACUUUCCAAAUAAACUAGAACUCAAAACCACCUUUAAUCACCAAAAUUUUCAUUUAGUCUUCAUUCCCACCCAUAUAUCAUUUGGUUUGGAUCUUUGAGUUUUUAAAAGAAGAUUAAAAAUAAGUAAUUUGCUGUUCUUGCAUGAGCACCCGCUUCAUGUUUAGAAAGAAAGGUGGAUGACUGGGCGGAGCCGCCAUCGCGAUGGCUGAACCUGGCCGGCGGGGACGCGGAGCGGCUGCAGGUGCACGUGUAGGUCUGCCUGGAAGGAGGGAACCAUGUGAUGAACGAGGUGGCCUCGAAGCAGCUGCCGAAGCCGCCCUAUCAGGCUGGCGGAGGUGGGCGUCCGGCCGGCGGACAACCUGGUGCCGAUGAAGGUGUCCAUGGAUGGGGCCUGCGGCUCCACUGACCGCGUACAUGGUGCUCAAGUACGGGCCCAAGUGGGGCGCGCGCACCUGCACCAUCCUCGACAACUUCAACACCUGGUGGCCGUGGAAGGAGCAGUAUGCCUGGGACGUGUUCGACCCGUGUUCGACCCCCACUACACCGUCCUCACCAUCGCCGUUUUCGACAGUGCCCAGAUCCGGCUAUGGAUGCUAGACGCGAACCGCCGUAGGUGAAGAUGUUUCCACUGCCGGCGGUCCAGCAGGCGGAGACGAAGAAGAUGGGGAAGCUGGAGCUGGCGUCGUGGGUGAGCCUGAUCCAGGCGUACGGGAGCCCGAUGCUGCCGCCGGGGACGGUCCAGCAGGAUGUGCUGCGGGGAACGGCCGUACGGAUCGUGCCGGCCCGGCUGGGGCUCGAAGUGGAAGUAAGUUGGAACAAGGGUUCGAAUCCCCUGCCGGGGUGGUGGGGUGCCUCUCCAAGGCCGCCGGGCUGGCCCACUGGGUCCACUCCGUCUGCAUGUGGGAGCGCCCCUCCAUCGCCGUGCUUGUACACAUGCUGCUGGCCACGGUGGUGCUCUCCCAGGUCUCUCCAUUGCAGCGUUGCUUAACCUUCUUGCAAUCCCUUUCACCAUCAUCGAGAAGGAAGAUUGCCGCACUUCCUUUUGGAAGAUGUGGACAUAUGAUAGGAUAAAACUUGAUCUCCUUAGGCUAUUCUGCUCCCAACCUGGGGUGCCACACCCUGCCACCUCUCUUCAAGGAAAAGACAUCACAUAUUAUCAAGACGAGUAUGAGAGGCUUCUAAAGAUACACCCUAUAUAUGGGAAAAAUGUGCACUCGAUGAAGUUUGAUGAAGAGGCCAAGCAGUGGAAGAUAGAAGGUUCUAACACCGACACAGGAGAGUUGGUCACAUAUGAGGCUAGGUUCCUUAUCUUAGCUACAGGGAAUAAUAGCAAAGGCUUGAUCCCUGAUCAUCCUGGGCUUGAAAAUUUUACAGGGGAGAUUGUCCAUUUCCACAACUAUAGGAAUGGUGCAAGGUACAAUGAACAAAAGGUUCUUGUUGCCGGCAGUGGGGCGUAUGUGACGGAGAUUGCUCAUAAUCUUUCAACUUUUGGGGCAAAUCCAACUAUUGCAAUUUGGAACCCGAUUGCACAUGUGAUAAGGGGUGUCUCUGGCAAAGAGAUAACAUUUUGGGAUGGUACUACAGAUCAAUUUGAAGCAAUAAUUUUAGUCAUGGAAGGUGUUGAAAAUCCUUUUCUACUGGAUGGCAUUCAUGCAUACAAGAAAGCUGGAAUGUAUCAAAAUAUUCGAACAUAUUGGAGAGGAAAAUAUGGCAGUUUCCGUGCUGGAUUGACAAGAGGAGGACUACAUGGUGUGGCCAUAGAUGCUCUAAAUAUAGCCACUGAUAUUAAGAUGGUCUACUAUGCUAACCAUGGUUGAUAAUUCUACCCAAUAGGUUGUGAUGUUGGAUGCUCUAAGUAUAGCCUAUGAUAUUGAGAUGGUCUAUUAUGCUGAUCAAGGAUUAUAAAUUUGACCCAAUUGGCUGAACCUAUUUCUGAGUUGAUAAAUUAUAUACUUACAAUGAUAUUGAGAUGGCCUAUUUAUACACCUCAAAACAUUACUUUCAAAA